AUGCCUUCCGUCGACUCUGCUGGCAAACGCAUGCUCGUGCCAGACACGUUGUUUCAUGCCGUUGUUUCCGUGACAAACAAUCAUCUAGACGCCAUCAACCCGACUCGCAGAACGUACAUUCUGGGAACCUACGCCACGCCCGACGCCGCAAAGUCGUCUGCGCUCCGCGCAUUACAGGCGCUGACAUUUAUUCCUGAUUUUUUUCCUGCUUCCCAAGUACACUUUAACAGAGGACACCAUGUUGGGAAUGAGACCACGGGCGACACGGCCGUUAUUUCCGUUCCACUGCCCGCCGGGCAAGGCCUGAACAUGUCCAUACAGGCGGUGCCCAACACAGAGUCCUUGGCGACUACCUCUGACGGGCUGUUCAUCUCAGCACCUGGUGCCAAGAACCUGCACUACAUGUUGCAAACGGCCGUGAGUUUUACGAAUGGCCAACCGGUAGUUGCGGCCACGCAGAUCAGGGGGACGUACAUGCGCCGCGCGGAUGCAUGGAGCGCAGCGCAUAGGUUGCUUGACAGGGCAAACUAUAUCAAGUACAGUGAUCGGAGUGACGCCGAGUUUUGGGGCCAUUGGCCCUACGGGGAGGAGGUUGUCGUUCAUGCCGUGUGUGCGGACGGCCAGACUUAUUCGGUGUCAGUCAAGACUGCAGUUUGGGCGGACGCGGCGCAAAAGAGGGAGCUCGAGGACUUGCUCAGGCCAGCUGCCCGUGAAACAUGA